AUGUUGGGGUAUGCACCUAUGGUUGUGGCUGAGUUGACAACACAGGCUGGGCAUUAUGAUUCUUAUGGCACCCGCUUAGAGGAGUUGAAGCAAGAGGUUAUAAGGUCCCUUGCAUCCUCUAAAGAUACUCCUUGUGUCCAACUUAAGUUAAUCGAUUCUAUGCAGCGCUUGGGAAUUGCUUAUCAUUUUGAAGGAGAAAUGAAAGAGAUCUUAACCGUUGUUAAAAUAGAUACCAAUUCAGAUCUUUACAGUGCAUCUUUACACUUUAGGUUACUAAGACAACAUGCAUUUUCGGUUAGCUCAGCAUGUGUUCUUGACAAGUUCAGAGAUAAAAAUGGGAAAUUCUUGGAUAGUUUAGCUGGGGAUGUGGAGGGACUAUUGAGUUUGUAUGAUGCUUCACACCUUGGAAUGCAUGGAGAAGAUGUUUUAGAGGAGGCCAAAAAUUUCACCAGCUUCCAUCUUAAGUCAUUAUUGGGGAAGUUAGAGAACAAUAAUAUUUUAAGACAACAAGUGGAACAAGCAUUGGAUGUUCCUCUUCAUUGGAGGAUGCGAAGGAUUGAGAAUCGAAAUUUUAUCAAUAUCUACCAAAGAGAUGAUUCACACAACAAGGCUUUGCUAGAGUUGGCUAUAUUGGAUUACAACUUGGUACAAUCAGUCUAUCAAAGGGAGCUAAAGGAGCUAACAAGGUGGUGGACGUCAUUGGAUUUCAAAAAGAAGCUGCCGUUUUCUCGAGAUCGAUUGGUGGAGAAUUAUUUAUGGGCAUUAGGAUCAGUAUAUGAGCCACAAUACUCCAAAUGCAGGAUAGUUGCCACACAAUUCACUUGCAUUUUGAGUGCAAUUGAUGAUAUGGAUGAUAUAUAUGGAUCAUUAGAUGAGCUUGAACUUUUUACACAAGCAGUAAAUAGUUGGGGUAGAAUGAAUAUGGAUGAACUACCAGAGUACAUGAAGAUAUGUCAUUCUGCUUUGGUCGAUUUUGUUUAUGAAUUUGCAUGUUAUAUCUUAAAUGAAGAAGGCUUCAAUGCUCUACCUUAUAUUAAGGAAGAGUGGGCAAGACUUUGUAGCUCAUAUUUAUUGGAGGCAAGGUGGUUUAGAUAUACUCCAACUUUGAAUGAGUAUAUAAGAAAUGCAUGGAUCUCAAUUGGAGGUCAUGAAGCUAUAAUGCAUGCUGCUAUGUUUCUAGGGCAUUAUCUGUCCAAAGACUCGCUUCAUAGUUUGAAGAAUGGAUAUGAGCAAAUAACCUAUUGGUCAUCCUUAAUCACUCGACUUAACGAUGACUUGGGAACUUCCUCAGCUGAAAGCGAAAGAGGUGACGUAGCAAAAUCUAUUCAGUGCUAUAUGAUUGAUAACAAUGCAUCUGAGGAUGAAGUGAAAAAUCAUAUAAGGGGAUUGAUCAAUGAUGCUUGGAAGAAACUAAAUGAAGAGAGCGUAAAGACUUCUCUUCCCAGUUUAAACAUGGCCAGAACUGCUCAAAGUAUCUUUCGACAUGGGGAUGGCGUUGGAACAUCAAUUGGGGUCACUAAAAAACAUUUGAUGUCGUUGAUUGUUCAACCUAUUCAACCAGAAUGAUUUCAUAACUUGUUAUGAUUUCCAUUUUCAAACAGUUAAUGAAUAUUGUUUCUAGGGUUGCCUUUCUUCCCUUUUUUCCCCUUAAAAAAUACUAUACGUUUUUUUUUGUCAUUGUAUCAAUUCAUCUGAAUGAUACUCUUUACGUCUC